CGCCAAUCUGAAACCAGACAAUCCUCAAUCCCCACCAAAACAUUGGAGAAAAGAAUCUAUUUUAGCAUUGGGAAAAAUGAGGGGAAGAAGUUACAGUUACAGUCCCUCACCAGCAAGGAAUUAUGGAAGGAGGCGUCGGAGUCCUAGCCCUAGGGAUCGCUAUGGAGGCCGUGGUAGAGAUCUUCCCACUAGUCUUCUUGUUCGCAACCUUCGCCAUGACUGCAGGGCAGAAAACCUUCGUGGACCAUUUGGGCAGUUUGGCCGCAUCAAGGACAUUUACUUGCCUCGAGAUUAUCACACUGGGUAAGCAUAUGUAGUUUUAUGUCUCAAGUGGCUUCCAUCUGAUCGGUGAGCGUGGUUGUAUUCUGUCUGGAAUGAGUAUUGGUGCUGGAGUGUUUUUUUAACCAUGUACCAUUGCUAUUGGUUUAUUGGAAUUCGGUUGUUUUCUAUUGUAAGUGUUUGAAGAGACAAUGAAGUAAUAAGAGAACUGGGCUGAAGACACCAAUGAAGUAAUUAGAAUACUCACUUGAACACAACUUCAAGUAAUGGGUACUGUUCAAGAUGAUGUAAUGUACAUCAAGAUUGGAGGGAAAUUGGUUUGAUUUUAUUGUGAAGAAGUUGAAGUCUUGAAGAAUAUCAACAAUUAAAACUUUGACUUCCACAAGGUUAGCAGCCACAUGAUUGUAUUUUCUUAAACUGUAUGAAGAAACAUCUUGCCUUGUUGUGAUUGUCUGUAUUCUCAACUAAGGAUUAUCUUCAGGAAAUUUUUGAGAGUCUGUGAGGAUGCCUUGCUUAUAAGUUUAAUCCAUGUUUAGUUAUCCUUUUGUUUCAUGUUUGUGGGAGUUACCUUGUCUGUGCUGCAGGGAGCCACGUGGCUUCGGGUUUGUUCAGUAUAUAGACCCUGCUGAUGCAGCUGAUGCAAAAUAUCAGAUGGAUGGUUGUGUGCUUCUUGGUCGAGAACUCACUGUUGUAUUUGCUGAGGAAAACAGAAAGAAGCCUUCAGAAAUGAGAGCAAGAGAACAGUCAAGAGGUCGGUCAUACAGGUGCUCUCCACUUCGCUAUUCUAGAUCUCCAUACUAUCAGAGUUAUUCUUGCAGUCCAGACUAUUAUUCCCCAUCUCCUAGGCAAAGGCAUUACUCAAGGUCCAUUUCACCUAGAGACACAAGGUACGUAGAAAGAUCUUACUCAAGGUCUCCUUAUCGUUCAAGGGGUAGAAGCCAAAGCUUCAGUAGGAGCAGGGAACAGAACCUGGAUUAUUCUAGGUGAUAACUAAUUGGAGAACUAUUUAUGUGUCCGGAGAUGUUUAGCUAUGCUAGGAGAUCUCAUGUUUAGGAUACCCUUGCCUUUACCCAUCUAUAACUUGAACUUGUUAUGGUAGUUUCAAGAGCUUGCUGCUCCAAAUAAUGUUCGAUGUUAUACAUUUGCAUUAUCUGUAGGAUUGUAUGGAUGCUGUUUACUUACUUGGACAAAGUACCUUGUCAUGGUAAUGCUACUCAUUUCUUGAGUUAGGAAUAUAUCAUUCUAUUGCCA